AUGCAUAUCUAUCUAUCUAUCUAUCUAUCUAUCUAUCUAUCUAUCUAUCUUAGUCUAUACAUAUCUAUCUAUAUUAGUCUAUGCAUAUCUAUCUAUCUAUCUAUCUAUCUAUCUAUCUAUCUAUCUAUCUAUCUUAGUCUAUACAUAUCUAUCUAUCUAUCUAUCUAUCUAUCUAUCUAUCUAUCUAUCUAUCUAUCAUAUAAUUGCUGUCACUUUUUCGCUUUAAAAACACCCUGUACUAAAUUAUAUAUUCUUUCUUUCUUUCUUUCUUUCUUUCUUUCUUUCUUUCUUUCUUAUUAUUCCCAUCUUCCCCUUCUCAUGCCAUUAUCCGCUUUGCCUGGUCAAUCUGCUGUAACGUCAACUUUCUAUCUCUGUCUGCCUGUCUGCCUAUCUAUCUAUCUAUCUAUCUAUUUAUUUAUUUAUCUAUCUAUCUAUCUAUCUAUCUAUCUAUCUAUCUAUCUAUCUUCGAUGCCAUCUAUCUAUCUAUCUAUCUAUCUAUCUAUCUAUCUAUUAUUAUUAUUAUUAUUAUUAUUUCACCAAAUGUUAUUUUAG